CGCAAACUUUCAAAACCGAAACUAUGAAGUUUACGUACUCGGCGAUGGGGGGACAUGCAACCAAAGCGGUCAAAAUUGGUGCGUGAUACAUUACACUGGAAUAAUCACCUAAUUUGCAUGGCUUCCACUCUGCCGACCAGUUCUGGACCUGGGGAGGCUUCAGUGACUAAAGACUGGGACUCGUUUACCAAGCCAAAUGCCUCUGGUUCUGCAUCCAAUAGUUGUGAAGGACUAAAUUCUGCGACUUCACGCCUGCCAGCUGAUCCUAACAAGGUGUGCAUCAUGGUUGAUCGAAGGACACUCGUCAUUGGGGCUGCUGCAACAGUUGGAGCGGCAGCUGCUGUGGUCGCGGUGCCUGUUGCACUCUCCGUGGUUGGAUUCGGCAAAGUUGGUGUAACAGCGGGCUCAACAGCCGCUGCUAUUAAUUCGUCCAUGGGUGCCACUAUCGUAAAGGGGAGCCUGUACUCACUCUGCCAGCACUGGGGUGCCGUGGGCCUGCCAGCCACACUUAAAGCCACAGCUGCAGCGGGUGGAGCUGGCCUCGCUGGUGGUGCUGCUUAUGUGGGCACAUCAGCUCCGGUGCAGUUUGUGGCUUCCAAAACAGUAGGCGGUGUCAAGGCAGUGGCCAACACCAUUGCACCAGCAGUUCCAGCGGCACGGUUCGUGGCCUGCAAAAUGGGCUCGUGUUUGGUCGGUGCCACCACGCUAAUGAAAGCGCGGGCAGUAGCAGCCGGAACACAUCUGGGCAUUUUGGGCUCCGGAGCACCUACGGAUGGAUCUGUUAAGCCACCAGCAGCGCGCCUAUAGGUGACUUCGCACACCACCACAGUACACAUCUGCUUCUGGGAGUUGCUAUGACAACAUGAAAAGCAAAUUCUGCGCUUUGUCAUGUUUUGUCGCUCUGGCAUUACGAAUCCGCCCAGUUUGCUUGCCAAUGGUUAGGCUUGCCUUAAAGAAAACUAGUCCGAAACGGCAUACCCUGUGUGCGUUUCACAAUGUUGACACAUUGCCUAUGUAUGUCAAGGGAUUCGGUGAUUGAAGAUUUUAUUGCGAUAGCAAUUAUAUGGACAGUCUCGGCUGGAUUUUGCCGUCGUCGCCGUCAUGCACCGUAUAUGUAUAAGUAUGUAUAUAUGUAUAAAAGCCCCAAAGAAAAAUGAUUCAGAAAAAUGUUUCCGAAGCGCGGAAUCGAACCACGGACCUGUUCCUCCGCAGCGAGUGGCGCUAGCCACUACGCCACGAAAGGCAGAUCCUCCACGUAUGUAACGGCGAGCGUUAUAUGCACACCCUUCAACGCUGGACGGACUCAGAGAUGGCUGCGCUUAUAAGCGUUUCUUCAUUACCAGCGAGAUGGCGUUAGGAGCGCGACAGGCGCAUUUAAAAGUCGUCGGCGAGCUCGCUCGCUUCUUCAUAUACUUGCGCAGGGAGAACCUUGCCCUUCCGCUGUCUGCUCGCGCGGUUUUCUUGUGCUGAGAGGAAGAGGGAUGUUUCACGCUUUCACCGUGAUGUCCGCGCUCAUGUUACGGAGCGUACGAAUGUCACUCGAGCUAAAGGGACGCCGCUAAACGAACAAACAGCACAUGAGCGCGAACUAUCAAGUAUCACAGCUCGACACUUGAAGCACGCUAGUUUCCUUCGCUGCUUCGGCCGCCUUUGCGCUGUUCAAACUGAGAGUAUCCACUGGCGAGCCUCACUUCAUACAGCAUUAGUUUCUUGCUAUCGCAUUCAUUGCUUCGGCCUUGCGGCGAAACUGUGACUUUUUAUUUACACACCACAUGUUAUGCCUAUAGGAGAGUUCACAGAAGCAUGUAAACUACAUUGUUUACACUGUGCACUUAAACUGAGAUGCUCUCUGGAAAAGUGAUGGCAAAUCUUCAUUGCAAUAAAAAUUUUUAAUGAAAAAGUG